CUUGACCCUGCCUUGCUGAGAACCGAAUUCUUUGAGCUAUGGAACAAGAAGGAUCUGCAGACGAAUUGUCCCACUCUCUCUUCCCCUCUCUACCCACAGCUGCAUUUGGCAGCCCUCCAGGGUUUUUCAAAGCUGUCUGAACCUCUUGGGGGUUUACUGACAAUCCUGGAGAGCUGUCCAGGCAAACAGAGGGGUCGGAGUCACACUUUGGGGCAUCACAUCCUCAUGGAAUUCCAGACAUGGAUAAAGGAACAUCCUCAGGUUAAACUGAGCUCACUCCCUGCACAGCACGCAGGGGCGCUCCAGCGACAAGCGCUUGGCUUUCUCACGGACACCCAGCCCAACUUUGCAGACAGCCUCAUUAAUAUCUACCAGCUGAAGUCUUUGGACCCGUCUGUUCUACGUUUGCACAUUGUGAAGCUGCAGGCCUUCCACUGUUACAAAGAGGCUGCCAUGCUCGGCAUCAAAUUGGAAUUGCAGAACGAACUCAGUCUUGAGGAGAUGUGUAUACCACUAAUCUUCGAAGAUAAGUUGUCUCUAGCAGAGUCCUAUGUCACAGGCCACCCUCAGCUCCAGAAACAGCUUGUCAAACUUCUGGACUCCUGGUGCCACCCCAGCUUCAACAUUGAAGAUAUACACGAAAAUCACGCAGCCCAUAUGCAGCCCAAAAUGCUCACCAGACAUGUUAUACGACUCGUGGAGAAAUUCAAGAUUGACCAAGGAAUGUGUCCCAAUGCUUUGCACAGGAGGAGGCUCGACUCUCUCCGUUUCCUCAUGUAUAAGACGUUUGUGGAUAAAGGGAUGACGGAAAACAACUGGAUUGACCAUGUCCAGUAUGUAGUGGCAGAUGACCCUGAGCUGCAGGUUCACUUGGUUGAGAUGUUGGUGAAAUACUGCGGUCUUGAAAAAGCCUCCCAGUGGUCACUGAGAUACAAAAUCCCCAGACAUCGGCUCCCCUACGGGGUAUGGGAAAAACAGCAGGAGCUACCACCUGAUUUACAACAGAUAUGUCGGAGUGAUUUAUCACAAAUUGAGGAGUGGGUGCCAUCUGAGUCCAAAUUCUACCAAGUGCCUCUCACCAAAGACAAAGUCCACUUUGUGGACUCGCCAGAGGCUCUCAAGAAAUGUCGAAGCAUUGUUUUAAAGGAAGGUGGAAUAGUCGGUGUGGACAUGGAGUGGCAGCCUACAUUUGGCUGUGUCUCUGCUCAACAAGUGGCUCUAAUACAACUUGCUGUUUUUGAUCAAGUUUUCUUAUUAGACCUUUGCGCAAGAGAAUUCUGUCAACACCCUGAGACCGUAGGUUUCAUCAGAGCCUUUUUCUCUGACCGGAAUGUCCUAAAACUGGGUUAUGGCAUGUCUGGUGAUCUCAAGUGUCUCUUGGUCACCUGGCAUCAGUUAUCAGAGGACCCUAUGAAGAUUGAGGGGAUGCUUGAUCUUCUAGGCGUGCACCAAAAGGUUCAGCGUAGUAAGGCCAGAAGAACUCACAAUGGCCCUAAAGAGGUGAUGGUAGGAGAGGACUGUGCAGAAAAAGGCCUCAGUCUGCUGGUACAACAAGUCCUUGGAAGGCCCCUGGACAAGACAGAGCAGAUGUCCAACUGGGAGAAGCGUCCACUACGCAUGAGCCAAAUUAGAUAUGCAGUGACAGAUGCCUACUGUUUGUUGGAUGUGUACUCGGUCCUUUCGGACAAUCCGGCAAAUUUUGGGCUGCCACCAGAUCUGCGCAGUGUCUCCACAAGCCAAUCGGAGACGAGCAGAGAGAAGAAGAAUAAACAGGGCAAGAAGACGAAAAAUGCUGCUGGCAAAGAGGAAUGUCAGGGGGCUCAAAGGGUCAGUCUCCCUCGUUCUGACAGUGAGAAAGACCUCCUGUGUGGUGAGAAGCCUUCAAAAGAUUCCCCCCCUGUACCCCCUCAGCAUUUGCGGGUGGUGUGUGACAAUAUGCUGCAAGGACUGGGAAGGUACCUGCGCUGUUUAGGAGUUGAUGUGGUCAUGUUGGAGAACACUGACGAUCACAGGGUAGCAGCAAAGUUAGCACAAGCUGAAGGACGUGUCAUUCUCACAUGUGGGCAGCCGUUCCAAAGCUUGCGUUCCCAGGUGGGAGAGGGCCGUUGUCUGUCCCUGGACUGUUCAGAGAAGGCCAAAGACCAGGCUGUUCGAGUCCUGAGACACUUCAACGUCCGGCCUACUCCCAGGGACAUCUUCAGCCGCUGUCAGGUACAUCUGCAUGAGAGUGUUUUACUCAUUGUUAAUAUGAUGAGUAAAAACUAUUUCAUGGUAUCA